AUCUAGAACUUGCAGAGACCGCUACCUGUUUCAUCUUUCUCCCCUUUUUAUCACCUCAGCUGUGUGGGAAAGACUAGAAAAGUGUUUAAAGUUUGGGAAAAGGGAAGAGAUGAGAAACAGUAAGUAUGCUCCUCUAUUUGGAACAAGGAGAGAAAAGGGCAUGGCCCUAUAUAGGCUCUUUGCGGUUUCGAUCUUCAUAGGCAUAUGGUCAAUUUGGGCUUAUAGAGUGAGUCACAUGCCAAGAAAUGGAGAAGAUGGGAAAUGGAUCUGGAUUGGUUUGUUCGCAUCUGAGUUAUGGUUUGGUUUUUACUGGAUCCUCAGUGAAGCACACAGGUGGAACCCUUCUUACAGAUGCACCUUCAAGGACAGGCUCUUGAAGAGAUAUGGAAAUGACUUGCCUGAUGUGGACAUAUUCGUGUGCACCGCAGACCCUGCCAUAGAACCUCCAGUGAUGGUGAUUAACACUGUUUUAUCAGUCAUGGCCUAUGACUACCCACCGGAGAAGCUCAGCGUGUAUCUCUCAGAUGAUGCUGGUUCAGAUAUUACCUUCUAUGCUCUCUUAGAAGCCUCUCAGUUUGCUAAACAUUGGAUACCAUAUUGCAAAGAAUUCGAUGUGGAGCCAAGAUCUCCAGCAGCAUAUUUUAUCUCGGUUUCUGAUACACAUGACACCAAGCAGGAUAAACCCUUGGCGACUAUCAAGAAAUUAUAUGAAGACAUGGAGAACAGAAUUGAAACUGCAGCAAAACUAGGCCGACUCUCCAAGGAAAUAUGCUCAAAACAUAGAGGAUUUUCUCAGUGGAAUUCGUAUGCUUCGAGGCGUGACCAUGAUGCUAUUGUUCAAAUAUUGAUUGAUGGCAAUGCCACAGAUAUUAAAGGAAGUGCAUUGCCAACUUUGGUGUAUUUGGCUAGGGAGAAGAGACCCCAACAUCCCCAUAACUUCAAAGCUGGAGCUAUGAAUGCAUUGAUAAGAGUGUCAUCGAAUAUUAGCAAUGGGCAGAUCAUUCUUAAUGUAGACUGUGAUAUGUACUCAAACAAUUCACAUGCUGUUCUAGAUGCUCUAUGCUUCUUCUUGGAUGAAGAGAAGGGUCAGGAGAUUGCUUUCGUGCAGUUUCCGCAGAUCUUUGAGAACAUUACUAAGAAUGACAUAUAUGGUAAUUCAUUAAUAGUAGGCCGUGAGGUGGAAUUUCAUGGUUUGGAUGGUUCUGGAGGCCCAUUGUACAUUGGAUCAGGAUGCUUUCACAGAAGGGAUGCUCUAUGUGGAAAGAAAUUCAGUGAGGAAUGCAAGAUUCAACGGAAGGGAGGAAAUAACAUGAUGAGGAGAGAGAAAAGUGCGCUUGAACUAGAAGAAAAUUCCAGGUUUCUUGCACGUUGUACCUAUGAAGAGAACACUCAAUGGGGAAAAGAGAUUGGUUUGAAAUACGGGUGUCCGGUUGAAGAUGUGAUAACAGGAUUAUCAAUCCAAUGCCAAGGGUGGAAAUCAGUUUACUUCAAUCCACCAAGGAAUGCCUUCCUUGGUGUUGCACCAACCACGCUACCUCAAACACUAGUGCAGCACAAAAGAUGGAGUGAGGGUGACUUCCAGAUUUUUCUUUCAAAGUACAAUCCUGCUUGGUUCGCCCAUGGAAAGAUCAGUUUAGGCCUUCAAAUGGGGUACUGCUGCUAUUUCCUCUGGGCUCCAAACUGCUUGCCUACAUUAUAUUAUUCCAUUGUUCCUUCUCUUUGUCUCCUUAGAGGCAUUUCCUUGUUUCCACAGUGCUCAACUCCCUGGUUUAUACCAUAUGCAUAUGUCAUAGUUUCCAAGUAUGCUUAUAGUCUCAUCGAGUUUCUCUGGUCUGGAGGCACAAUCCUUGGCUGGUGGAACAACCAAAGAAUGUGGCUGUACAAAAGAACAAGUUCCUAUCUCUUUGGCUUCACUGAUACCAUCUUAAAGUCACUAGGAUUUUCUGAUACUGCCUUUGUGAUCACAGCGAAGGUAGCAGACCAGGAUGUUUUAGAACGAUAUCAAAGGGAGAUCAUGGAGUUUGGACCCUCCUCUUCUUCUCCAAUGUUCACUCUCCUGGCAGCCAUUGCAUUGCUGAAUCUGUUUUCCCUGCUUAGAGUGGUGCAGAAGCUGGCCUUGAACAAGGAUUCAAUAAGCCAAUGCCAGGCAAUGGCCCUGCAAAUCCUUCUGUGUAGCCUUUUGGUUCUGAUCAACUUGCCAUUGUACCAAGGUCUUUUCCUAAGGAAGGAUAAGGGCAAGAUCCCAAGCUCCAUAGCUAUGAAAAUGGGAUUCAUUGAAUUUGUUGCUGCUAUAUUGCUGGCAUUCUUGUGUUGUCCAAAUGCAGUGUAUGGGAUUAGAUUCGUGAUCGACAGAGAAGAAUGCCUCUCUCAUAAUGUUAAGUACGAAGGGGAUACGAUUCAUGUGUCAUUCGUUGUCAUUAAGACUGAUUCAACUUGGCAUUCUAGUGAUGAGGGUGUUGAUCUUGUGGUGAAGGGACCUACCGGUGAUCAGAUUCAAGAUUAUCGUGACAAGAUAAGUGAGAAAUUUGAGUUUGUUGCUCAUCAAAAAGGAGUACAUCGUUUCUGCUUCAGUAAUAAAUCUCCUUACUAUGAAACGGUCGACUUUGAUGUACACGAAAGUCAUUUUACAUACUAUGAUCAGCACGCAAAAGAUGAGCAUUUUAACCCUUUGUUAGAACAAAUAUCUAAGUUAGAGGAAGCUCUUUAUAACAUUCAGUUCGAACAGCACUGGUUAGAGGCUCAGACAGAACGGCAGGCAAUAGUAAAUGAAGCUAUGAGUAAAAGAGCUGUUCACAAGGCCAUUUAUGAAUCUGCAGCACUAAUUGGAGCGAGUGUUCUGCAAGUUUACCUGCUCCGACGCCUUUUUGAACGGAAGCUUGGGAUGUCCCGGGUUUAGUUUUAAGCACUGCAAUGCAAUGUUUUAUUAGCUAUAGGAUCAUGCAGACUGUUGUAAUCUGAGGCAUUUGAUACACAUGUACAGAAUCCAUGAAUUUGGAUACGGUUUUUGCUUAUGGUCGAGCCUUUUAGAUUUGCUAUGGUUGAGCUUUAGAUCAAUAAAGCAUGAGUUUCAAGUUA